AUAAGCCAGCCUUAUCGGGGGGAUAAAACUCAUUUAAUGAUUUAGGGGUUUUUUUUAAUUGUGAGACUGGAAUUAAAGUAUUCCAUAAUGUAUGUUUGAGCCUUAAGCUCCUCCUUAUGUGUAGUUUGUUGAUAUACUACGUUUACUCGGAAUAAAACCGAGCAUGACAUAUACUGUUACGUUGGCUCUGGGGCACCUAUACUGCCAAAGGCCAGGAGAGAGCGCAGCAAACUAGGCUUGAACUACAAUCUCAAUCUACUCUGGUCCGGAGAUUUUCAGCAUGGCGACGGGCACUGGCUCUUCAGACUCUGAAAGCACCGGCGGCGAAGAGUGGGAGCGGUUUCGAGAAGCAGUAUGGGAUGCAGGGCCCCAGCGAGCUUGUCUGAAGCCUUCAAACGGUAACUUCUCAAAGAGCAAGCUGCCACCAGCUGUAUCUACUAACAGGCAUAAAGUCAGUGAUCAUGGGCAGGAUCAGAAUGAACUGAAGACCACUCCAGAAUUCCGAGCGCAUGUUGCAAAGAAACUGGGAUCCAUCCUGGACAGUUCCAUCACCAUCUUGGAGCACAUGCCGGGACAUGUGAAGACUUGCACAAAAGCCUCAGAGACUGAUGAUGAUGGCUUUCGUUUGUUUUCCUCAUCUGUCCCAGGAGCCAAUAAAAAGCCAGAACCUUCACCCUUGCAAAGCAGACAACUGCAGCAUUCCAGCUCAAGUGAAACAGAUGAAGACCAAGAAUGGCAGAGAUGCCAAGAGGCUGCUGUGUCAGCAGCAGACAUCCUAAAGCAAAGUGGCCUGCAGGCACCACUUUUGGAGCUCAGCAAUGGCCACAGGUGUGAAAUCACAGAAUCCUGCAGGAAGGAGAAGAGGAGAAGGAAGAAGGUUAAAGUGACAGAAGAGAGUGUCAGUGAGCAGGUGAUAAUAGAAAAGCCACAUGAGAACAAAGUCACUGUGCGGACUGAGAAGCCCUCAUGCCUCAGUGGGGUACACAAAAAGGAAGAGCAUGUGGCCACAGAGGACACUUCUAAAAAAGUAACAGUGAUCAAGAAAAAGAAGAAAAAAAGAAAGAAGAUGGAAGCAAGGACAGAAUGAGAGUGCCAUCUAUGACUCUCUGGCAGAAUAUGACUCUUAAUGGUGUGUUCCAUGGUCAGAGCAAAAGCAGUCAUCAAUCAUUGUAUUUUAUAACCUCAAAAGACUGGGACUGGCCCCUACUAUGUGGGACAUUUAUGUUAUGAUAAGAGCUCUCCGGUUAAUGUUUUGACAUUGAAGAAUCUGCAUUCCAAUCAAGCUUUGAGUCAUCCAGAGAUGACUGUCCAGAGCUCCAUCUUUUUAUCCUGUGAUGGAAAUCCUAAGACCCCGAGCAGCCUGCACAAUCUGUAACCCACCUUGCUGAAUGCAGCCUCCCAGCUAUCAGGCUUGUUAGGUAUUUGAAAGCCCUACUUGUUUUGGCAUUCCUAAGCCAAUAGGUGGUUUAUGGAGCCCCUCAGCAUACGUGACUGGCUGGCUGCCUUAUGCUCACUUUGGUGGAUAACAAAUUGUGAAGGCCUGAAUAGGAGUGUUUGUCAGAUACACUGAUCCCUAAGCUUGCAAGAAGCUCUAGACGCAUAUGAUGAAAAAGUGCCUGUGGAAAAAUUCUGAGAACUCAGAGCUUCUCUCCCUCUUGUAAGAUCUAGUGUUCUAGUUCUACUGUUGUUUCAGAGUUGUCUCUUCAUCUCCCCACCACCACUCAGAUUUAAUUCACAUGCUAGUGAAGCUGUGAAAGUCUGAGAAAAGUGUUGUCUCUUAUGGUGCAUUCACACACACUAAAUAAUGUGCUUUGCAACUGGAUUUUUACUGUGUAAGAAUAGCAAAAUCCACUUGCAACCAGUCACCAUGUGAAUUCACCCUUCGUCUCCUUCAGCCCCAACAAAGGAGCAACCUUGCCCUCUCUUCAAUUUCUCCAUGCCACUGAUGAUAAAGCAUGCAUAACUCCUUAUUGACUCCCAAGAAAGAACAAUUUUAGUAGUGAGUUAAGUGUCUUUAGGUUCUGAAGCUAAUUUUUCCAGCAGCUAUAUUCCAGUAUUACAUUACUCAAGGCAGAAAUGGCCAACUUCAGUAUCCUUGGAGGCCUCAGUAAACUGGUGACCAAAAUUAUAUUUUGCCAGAUUUCCUCACAAGUUCUGAGGCUCUGUAAUGUAGUUGGGGCUGUCAAGAAAGAAUAUAUGUCAUGGUUAACACACACAUAUGGUCAGGCAUGGCCAAAAUGUGGCAUGCAAAAUGCAAAGGGAGAUGCAUUGUUAAAAUGUGGAUUAGCUCCGUGUUUUGCAAUUGGAAAAUCUUUUCCCCCCUUAAAAAUGAAACAAAUGUUUUAGUACAUAAUGGUUCAAAACUGAUAGGGCUAUUCGAGGCCAGAUUAAAUUGGUUUGGGGCAGGAUCUCCCCCACACAGGAGUUUCCGGUUAUCCAUCCCUGUUUUAUAGAAUUUUUCUUUCCCCAGGAACAAAUUCCAUUCCUGGUUGUUGUCUCACAAACACUGUCCAACUAUAACUGCAUUUUCUUGGGAACAUUUUCAAGAUGAGCAUAAUCUGGCAGCAUGCUUCAAGUUCCUGGGAAAGGUGGAAGAGAGCUUGUUAAAACCUUGUACUGCCAAGGCAUAUGGAACAGUGCCUUCUGUAUUGGCAGUGACUGAUAGAUAUGUCAUUCCUAAUCAUCUGCCAGUCAGGCACACUGGGGAAGGCCUCUGAUUUCCAUGACAGCUGUUGGUGCCUCCCUAAGGAGACCUGCUUUGCAUGUAGUACAAUAGAGGAGGGGGGGCCAAAGAGGAAGCACACAGGAAAGAAAAUCUCAUUUCCCCCUCCUGCUUCCUCCCUGUUUCUUGGUCUACUUGAUCACCCAGUUUCCCCCAUUUCCACACUUCCUCAACCUCCCAGUUGCCUGUUCCCACCCCACCAGCCAUUGUGUGGUUUUAUUUCAGUAACAUUUGUACCUGUGCAAAUGUAGCUGGGGUGGGGGGAAGAAAUAACCCCAAAAGCUUAGUGUCUGUUAUCUUAUAAAGCAGCAAAAUACACAACGGUCUUGUUGACAGAAUUCUCCCCCCCCCCUUUUUUUUGAUUUACUGAAAAUUAAAUAUAUUUACAGGAUAAAACAGAACAGGCAGCUCAGGUGUUUACAGCUCUCUGGCAAUUCAGUAAACCUCACUGCAAUUAGAAACUUCUGAAGACUGAUUUUCACUUACUGGCUCUUGAAAUAGGCAGAGACUAUCAUUUGCAGAGUGUUGCUUUUCUUUUUAAUUAAUUUGCUCCCUUUUUUUGUGCUUGUAAUGUUUGGUAUUUCUCCCCUCUGGCUUUUUGCUUUUUGGAUGUGAAGAGGUUUGUUUUCAUUUCAAUAGCAAAAUGAUCUUGGCUUUUCUUGUUGUGAUAUAGAAUCACUGAGGUCAGGAGUUGAUGGUUGUCCCUACCCAAAACAAUUAGAUGAAAUGGAAAUGCACAUUCUGUAGUUUGGAGGUGGCAUAAUUCUGCUUUAAGACUCAGAAAGUUAGUGCUGCUUUUGAUGGAAACCAUACACUAAGCUUUCAGCUUUUUCUCUCCUUGCCUGAACUGAUGAUGUACCUUUCUAAGAGAUUUGUGGGGGGUGGGGUGGGAUUAUGUACAUCAAAAUUGUAAGCUUCUGUGAUAGGAAUUCCUAAUUCUGUAUUUGUUACAAAUUUAACAUAUAUGCAUACUCUUCUUUAGA